AUGGCCUUGGUUACUAACGUUCAAUUCGAGCAUUACCAUCCUCCUAAUACUCUUGGGGUCCAGGAGAGGGAGCCUCGCAUCUCGUGGCGUUUCAAGAAUGUCCUCAGGCAUUUUCGACAAGAGGGUUAUGAGAUACAGAUAUUCGACUCUGAGCAUACUCUCCUCUCAACUGUUAAACGUACUUCGCAGCAGUUUUACCUAGUCCCAUGGCCGUCUGAUCAACCCCUAAACUCACGACAGAAAGUCUACUUGCGCGUUAGGGUGUGGGAUGGAGAGGGGUACAUAUCACCAUGGAGUGAAGAGGCUUGUCUAGAGACGGGCCUCUUGGAGCGCAGCGAUUGGCAGUGUGAGCGUAUCGCUGCGCCCUGGGGACCUCAAACUACCGAGCCCACCCCAGAGGAUUUGUACCGAAAAGAGUUCUCUCUCGCUGGAACUGUCCGUCAAGGGCGCCUAUAUGUUACUUCACAGGGUGUUUAUGAGGCGGAGAUCAAUGGCCGCCGAGUAGGUGACUACUUCAUGGCCCCUGGUUGGACUACAUACGACGGAAGAUUACAAUAUCAGACUUACGAUGUCACCUCCAUGCUUUCAGUUGAUAUAAAUUGUAUCGGAGUCCGUGUCGCGGAAGGCUGGUUCUGUGGCCGUAUUGGAUUUGAAGGAGGACACCGUAACAUUUGGGGUCCGCACACUUCCCUGAUGGCGCAGCUUGAGGUCACUUACACCGACGGGAGAGUUGAUACUAUCUCAUCCGACCGCUCAUGGGUUGUUACGACCGGACCUAUUCGACUGGCAGAAAUAUACGACGGAGAGAAAUAUGAUGCCACGCGAGAAAUCCCCUGUUGGUCAUCCUCAACUAAUGCUUUGCAUCCUGUCUGGAAGCCGGUCCUGCUCAUGGAUCCAUUGUCCGACUCGGUCCGGCUCACUGCAGGCAUUAGUGAGCCUGUCCGGAGGACUGAAGUCGUUCCGCCCAUUCAGAAAAUAGUCACAUUGUCAGGCAAGAUAAUACUCGAUUUUGGCCAGAACCUAGUCGGCUAUCUCAGACUCAAGAAUAUCAAAGGCCCCCGUGGCCACACUAUAAGACUGUCUCAUGCAGAAGUCCUAGAACAUCAAGAGCUGGGAACCAGACCACUCCGGAUUUGCCAGGCGAUCGAUGAGUAUACGCUUAAGGGGGAGGCUCAUGGAGAGUAUUAUGAGCCCCGCUUCACUUUCCACGGAUUUCGGUACGUGCAGAUUGAUGGGUGGGAAGGGGAUGCGGACUUGGAGAUGUCUGCAGAAGCUGUUGUCUGUCAUACAGACAUGAAGCAAGUUGGUACAUUCUCAUGCUCCGAUUCGCUUUUGAACCAGCUUUAUAAGAAUGUCUGCUGGGGCAUGAGAGGCAAUUUCCUCUCUGUGCCAACCGACUGCCCUCAACGUGAUGAGCGGCUAGGCUGGUCCGGCGACUUGGCGUUGUUUGCCCCGACAGCAACACUCAUUUACGACUGCUUCAACAUGCUUGGGAACUGGCUAGUCGAUGUAGAACAUGAUCAGAAUGUCCUCGGAGGAGUUCCAGCGAUGGUCACUCCCAAUGCGACACUCCCAGACCCCAUAUGGUGCAGGCGUAUCCCAUGCGCUAUUUGGCAUGACGUUACUAUUUUGGCUCCAUGGGCGCUUUACCAGGAGACAGGAGACAGGAAUAUUCUUGUUCAGCAGUACGCAAGCAUGAUAACGUGGCUGAAAUGGUUACCACGAAAUCAAACUGGGUCCAUCCACCUGUGGGAUACAACCAUUUUCCAACUCGGGGAUUGGCUUGAUCCUGCUGCUCCACCAGAUGCCCCGUGGAAGGGCGCUACUGAUGCGAAAUUGGUUGCCAAUGCUUUCCUAAUCCACAGCUUAGACUACAUGUCACGCAUCGCUGGUAUUCUCGGGAAAGGCGCUGACCGGGAGAGGUUCACGGCAGAGUUGAAGGAGGCCCGGAAAGAGUUUCAAGAUGAAUAUGUCACUCCCAACGGUCGCAUAACUUCAGACUCCCAAGCAGCAUACGCACUCGCGAUUUGCUUUGGUCUACUAACGGCCUCACAGCGAGUCCGUGCGGGUAACCGCCUGGUCGAGCUAGUCCGGAAGAACGAAUUCAAGAUAGGUACCGGUUUCGCGGGCACACCAUAUCUCUGCGAGGCACUCACACUGACGGGGCACAUUCAAGUCGCAUACACCAUGCUUCUAGAAACGAAAUGUCCGUCGUGGCUUUAUCCAGUAACAAUGGGUGCAACUACGGUCUGGGAACGAUGGGACAGUAUGUUGCCGGAUGGUAGUAUUAACCCCGGGGAGAUGACAUCGUUCAACCACUACGCUUUUGGCGCUAUCGCAAAGUUUCUUUUUGAGAGGAUCGCAGGCCUGCAGAGGCUUGAGCCGGGUUGGAAGCGGUUUCGUGUGGCGCCCUCUAUCGGAGCAGAGUUUACAAAUGCAUCGGCGUCUCAUGUAACGCCGUAUGGUCAAGCUUCGUGCUCGUGGGAAACAAUCCAUGUCGGGAAGGGACUAGAUAGGAUCCAUUUGAGCGUCAUUGUGCCCUAUGGGUCAACUUGUGAGGUUGUAUAUCCAACUGAAUCCGGAGAGGAGACAGAGACUGUUGGACAUGGUGAAUGGUCAUUCGAAGCUAUCUUCAAGAGGGACUACGAGUGGCCAGUUCAGCCUCUACCACCCAAAUCUUAG